GGAUUCCACAUUUUCUUUGCCCAUUACCUUCCAAAUCUUGACAGAUCGACCACUAGUAGACGUCUCGCAUCUGAUUCUCAGACAAUUUGUUUAAGCUUUGAAUAAGAGUCGAGGUCUUUCAAUCUCCUUAUUUUCAAAAUUCACUUUCUCUCUAAAAAGUCUCCGCAAUUUGUUAAAGAUUUUAUAUCACUUUCAUAAGAAAAUCCAAUUCGCACGCCGUCGAUAUGCAUUGCUCCGACCCUUACGCUCGCACCGAAUUGCCUGGCUCGAGAGAUCCAGGGAAUCUACUGUCCCCCGUUCUCAAGCAGGAAAGAAUUAGUUCACCCACUUUCUGCGAUGAUGAGAAUAUUACAUCUUCUUCGUUCCCGGCUUAUGCAGAAACGGAAAGUGAUCGUUUUGUUCCGGAUAACCGUUCGCAUUCUAGCAAGCGUAAAGGCAAAAGAAAUGCUGAGAUAGCAAUCCCAAGAGGAAGAAAAAGAAAUGCUCGCAAGUCUUACGUUGAAGAGGCCACGGACAACGGGGAAGAAGAAUUGGAAUCAAUUCUGGAGAGUGCACCUCACAGCAAGAUGCAAUAUCAAGACCAAAGAACAAGAUCUAGAGGUGAAAACAUUUCAAGUGUAGCCACAACGGCUCCCCCUUCGGAGAACAUUACUAUGAGCUUAGAUAUGUCUACUGGUUCUUCCAAAGAGCCACAUAUCACUUUGACAAUACCAGCUGCGUUCCAAAAAUACCAUGUUACCAUCAUUCACGGCAAUAUCACUUCAAAGUAUACGGUCAAUGGUGAAGCCACUGCGUCCACACCUCGACAUGCCCCAGAGAUUUAGCUCAAUGUUUCCGAGUAUCUACCUGUGAAUCCAACAGAAAAUGAAAAGCUAUUGAAGUGGGAAUCGAUGGGUUUACUGUCAAGCGUUUGCGAACAUAUAAUGCGCAAAGCAGUCAUUCUUCCUUUGUCAAAGGAUUGGAAGUAGGGUUGUAGUCGGUAUGAUAACAAAUUUGAUGUGGAAUGAAAAGUACGUGGGCUCUCGAACAUAAAUUUUAUACCAAGCUAGCACAAGUUCUAGAUUACCACCGGCGGAUGGAGACACCUUGAUCACGAAUUGGCUCAAUACAUACUUCGAAUCUGAAUAUUCAAAAUCACUCUUUCAAGCUUUCUAUCUUUCUUUUCUGGUCCUCAGAAUCGACGUCUCCAUGUACUGCCAAUUUUCUUCUUAUCGUGGUCGAUCCAAGUAUAUGCAAGAUCUUACAUGAUUCAGCUCCACAAAGGACAUAACUCAAGUUUUACGCAUAUUGUCUUCUUUUCGACAAAAGUGUUGCUGAAAAGAGAAGUUAAGUAGAACCUGCUGUAGAUCCAGAUGGAGGAAGUCAGGUUAAAGUUGAUAAAUGCACUUUCCUCGAUUUGAUGUGUCUGGUGAUUUUGCUUUCUUCUUGAACGUGAACAUGAUAAUAAUGGUACAUCCUGAAAGCCCAUCACCGUUAUGACUUCCGCGUAUUAUAUACCUCAUAUAAGACCAUGGAUAUGUAAGACUUACAAUACGGCUCAUCGGCUCAACGGAAUCCGGCUCUCCACUAGCAUUCAUGCAAACCUCCCUUGUCUCGUCGAGUACAAAACCUACCCCAACCCACGGGUAUGCCCCCUUUAACUCUUUCCACUCAAAUUUCUUACAUCAUACUUGAGUCGUAGCACUAUAAACCAAACGAUUAGGCGUAGGAUUACCCGGGCUUCUUAUAAUCCUAGAGUCAGCUUCCAAAAGGAUUAGAGGACUAACCUCAAUUGCUUUUCGUUUAAUUGUGAAUUGAAGGUUACGCAAAGAUUUUGAUUGGAUUUGGGUGUAGGUUAACCUACGAAUGGAGAAAUGAUGAAAUGAAAUAUUGAUUUUUCGUAUUUUUUUUUG